AUGACGUGGCCGGGCGAGGCGGAAGUGGCGUCGCAGGUCGGCGUUGGCGGCGGGGCGCGGGCCGGCUCCGCGGCGGGGCCUGCUGCGUGCGCGGGGAUGCGGAGGCCCGAGAUGGCGGCGCCCGGGCUGCAGCUCUGUGCGGCCGCCGCUCUGUUCCUCCUCUUGUGCCUGCCGCUGCGCGUCCGCGCCGACGAGCACGAACACACGUACCAAGACAAAGAGGAAGUUGUUUUAUGGAUGAAUACAGUAGGACCCUACCACAAUCGCCAAGAAACAUACAAAUACUUCUCUCUUCCUUUCUGUGUGGGAUCAAAAAAAAGUAUCAGCCAUUACCAUGAAACCCUAGGAGAAGCACUUCAAGGAGUUGAAUUGGAAUUUAGUGGACUUGACAUAAAAUUUAAAGAUGAUGUAAUGCAGACCACUUACUGUGAAGUUGACUUGGACAAGGGGAGAAGAGAUGCAUUUGUGUAUGCUAUCAAAAAUCACUAUUGGUAUCAGAUGUAUAUUGAUGACUUGCCAAUAUGGGGCAUUGUUGGAGAAGCAGAUGAAAAUGGAGAAGAUUAUUACCUUUGGACUUACAAAAAGCUUGAAAUUGGUUACAAUGGAAAUAGAAUUGUAGAUGUCAAUCUGACUAGUGAAGGAAAGGUGAAAUUGGUACCAAACACAAAAAUCCAGAUGUCCUAUUCAGUGAAAUGGAAGAAAUCAGAUGUGAAGUUUGAAGACCGAUUUGACAAGUACCUUGACCCAUCUUUCUUUCAGCACAGAAUUCACUGGUUUUCAAUUUUCAAUUCUUUUAUGAUGGUGAUCUUUCUGGUUGGCCUAGUGUCUAUGAUAUUAAUGAGAACUUUGCGAAAAGAUUAUGCAAGAUACAGCAAGGAGGAAGAAAUGGAUGAUAUGGACAGAGAUCUAGGUGAUGAGUAUGGGUGGAAGCAGGUCCAUGGAGAUGUGUUUAGACCAUCCAGUCAUCCUCUAAUAUUUUCAUCGCUUAUUGGUUCUGGUUGUCAGAUUUUUGCUGUGUCUCUUAUAGUCAUUGUUGUUGCAAUGAUAGAAGAUUUAUAUACAGAGAGAGGAUCAAUGCUUAGUACAGCUAUAUUUGUUUAUGCUGCAACAUCACCAGUGAAUGGAUAUUUUGGAGGAAGCCUUUAUGCUAGACAAGGAGGAAGGCGAUGGAUAAAGCAGAUGUUUAUUGGAGCCUUCCUUAUUCCGGCAAUGGUGUGUGGAACUGCCUUCUUCAUCAACUUCAUUGCCAUCUAUUACCAUGCUUCAAGAGCCAUACCCUUUGGAACCAUGGUGGCAGUGUGCUGCAUUUGUUUCUUUGUCAUUCUUCCACUGAACCUAGUUGGUACGAUUCUUGGCCGAAAUUUAUCAGGGCAGCCUAAUUUUCCGUGUCGUGUCAAUGCAGUGCCUCGUCCCAUACCAGAGAAGAAAUGGUUCAUGGAACCAGCUGUUAUUGUUUGCUUAGGUGGAAUCCUGCCUUUUGGAUCAAUUUUUAUCGAAAUGUAUUUCAUUUUUACAUCAUUCUGGGCUUACAAGAUCUACUAUGUUUAUGGCUUCAUGAUGUUGGUUCUGGUAAUCCUCUGCAUUGUGACAGUUUGUGUGACUAUUGUUUGCACAUAUUUCCUGCUGAACGCAGAGGAUUACAGGUGGCAAUGGACAAGCUUUCUUUCUGCGGCAUCCACUGCGAUUUAUGUUUACAUGUACUCCUUUUACUACUAUUUUUUCAAGACAAAGAUGUAUGGCCUGUUUCAAACAUCAUUUUACUUUGGUUAUAUGGCAGUAUUUAGCACAGCUUUGGGAAUAAUGUGUGGAGCUAUUGGUUACAUGGGAACAAGUGCCUUUGUUCGUAAAAUCUACACUAAUGUGAAAAUUGACUAAGAAAAUAAGAAAAUUGAACUAUGGCUCAUUUCCUGUUUUCAUGGGGAUGAACUUGCACAACAAAAAGCGUGAGAAGAGAUUUGGAUUUCAACACUGGGCACUAUAUGGGUCUCCCAUUUUGUGGAUGGCUUAAAGUAACAUCUAUUUCAUUGAUCCUAGGUUCUUACUGACUGCUUUCUCCAACUGUUCACAGCAAAUGCUUGGAUUAUAUGCAGUAGGCAUUACUACAGUAUGUGGCUAAUCUUCCCCCCCAAAAUAAAAAACCUACAAAAAACCCAAAAGACCUAGCUCAUUAAAGAUGAAUAGACUAGCUCUCUUCAGUGAAGAGGACAAACGGUUUAUUUAAAGCAUUUGUUCCAUUCAUAAAAAGAGGGAAACUUGGCUGCUAAAACUACUGGAUUAGUAGUCUUCCUGGUACUUAACAUUUCUAAAUUAUGUAAAGAUGCUGUUCCAGAAAGAUUACUCUUCUGUUUUUUACUGCCAUUGCCAGGAUAGAGAAGGUAUGUUUUAUAUUUUGACUCCAGGUGCUUUUUGGUUUAUUUGCAAUAUCAGGUAUACCCUACACUCAUUUGUUUAAAAAAUUAAGUAAAAAAAAAAAAUAAAAACCCCAUAUGCAUGUAAUAUAUCAGCUGUUGUUCUAGUUGGACCAACUUCCCUUUAUUUAUCUUUGAAGUAAUAUCCAGCUACAUAUUAUAUCCAUCCAAAGAAAAUACAGUCUGAAGACGGGAUGUGUUCUCUGCAAUGCAAUUUACUGUACAGUUAGAAAGCAAAAUGUUAAAUGAAGAGGAUUGUUUGUUUUUUAAUAAAACAUUUUGAAGACUAGAUUAAAACAAACCCAACAUUUUAACUGAAUGUCUAAAGUGAUUCUCU